AUGUUGGAUGUCACUGCCGAUGGAUCUAGGCCAUUAUUGAGAAUAAAUAUCAUUCCAGGGUCUUCGACAAUCCUGCCACCACAGCCGAAAAUCGACGAACAUGAUUCAUUUGAAGAUGAGAGUUUGGAUGCUUAUCCAAUGGAUUCUAAAAAAGAGCUGAAAUUGUUGCUGGACGUAGCAACUGUGAGAAAUUCUUUUGAUUAUGCUACGUUGAAGAGCUGCAGCAAAUUCCUCAAGGUGAAAUAUGUUUGUCCUAGUUGCAAGUGGAUGUUGCGAGUGAAGAAGUAUGAAUGCACAGACAGAUUCGUCAUCUAUAAAUACAUCGCCGAUCACAGUUGUGGCAUCGAAUACGCAACCCACUGCCAUAGGAAAAUCACAUCUAAAGUUAAUGUAUCAUUGUGUGUGAACAUAUAUCGCAAAGGAAAGGGUCUGGACACUAGUGAGAUUCGGAGGAUCGUUUUCAAGAACUUGAAAAGUAUACCAAGCUAUUGGAAAUGUUGGUUGGGGUAUGUGAUUGCCAAGGAAAUGGUUCGAGGGACAGUGGAGCACGGUUAUUCCUUUCUGCCCAUUUUUUCAUACAUGAUCGACGCUCUUAAUGUUGGCACUACCUAUUUCAUCAUGGUGAACAAGGUCGAUUGUAGGUUUAUGUACUAUUUUUUAUUAUUGGGCCCUUGCAUUAAGGGAUUCGCCUACAUGAGGAAGGUUAAUGCAGUUAACGACACUCAUUUAUACGGUAAGUACGAGGGCGUGCUGCUAAGCUCGGUUGCACAGGAUACAGAGAACCAUAUUUAUCCCAUUGCCUUUUGCAUCGUUGACAAAGAGAACGAUGUAUCUUGGAUGUUCUUCUUUGAGAAGCUGAAGUCUAUUGUAUUCGAUGGACCAGAUUUAUGCUUUAUCUCCGAUAGGCACAAGAGCAUUGCCAAUGGCAUCAUGAAGGCGUACAACCUGCUCAUCACGGGUACUGCAUGA